CAGUUUCCUUCAGGGCACUCUAUCGCUGACGGACUGUCAAAAUGACAUAGUGGUAAACACAGUAAGUAACGUCUGAUGACUUCCCAGCCACCUGACGGGCUGGAAUUAGCAGCCCCUCAGAAUACCAGCGUGUGCGGAGGGGUUUGACUGUUUUGGCGUGCGUGUGUCCUGGCUAAGCGACGCAGUUUGCCACCCGGGUUGCCAGCGUUUCGGGAGUCCCAGGCUACUGCCGGAUCUAUUUAGCGCUCGCCUUUCCCUCCGGUGCUAGAAGCAAACCGCUGAUAGAGAGAAGAAGACUGUGACCUCGGAUAAGCCUGCAGGCGGCGACCUUAGUUUGACACCUAGUGUGGUCUUUUGGACACAUGAAUAAUACUAACUGGGUUUUUGUGCCCAUUUUGGAAAACCUUCUAGUUGUGCGACCUCUUGCUCCAGGGUGAGGGGUGCCAGCCAUGGAGGGUCUGGAGCAGCUUGACAUGGCGGGCGACAUCAGCCCAGCCCUCGAGGCCACCGAGGACUUCAUCCACUGCAUGGACGGGGUGAAAGGCCAAGGCCCGAGCCAAGCCCAGACGGGGAGCCACCAGCCCGCCAGGCAGCCGAAGCAGCCGCGCGAGGUCUCCAGCGCCGCGCUGGGCAAGCUGAGCUCCAGCGGCGUGUGGGGCUUGCUGGCCAGAGAGCAGCCAGAGGUGGGGCCUCUGGGCCUGGCCUGGGCCGACAACUUCAGCGUGUUGGGGUUGGGGGUCGGGGUCGGGGUGGGCUUGAGGCCCGGCAAGAGGAGCAGGGCGCGCUCCACCAACGACCUGGCGGCCCACACCAAGGAGUGCGCCCACAACAGCGCCAACUGCGCGUCCAACUCGGCCUUCAAGAAGGGACACAACCGGUCCAGGUCCGACGUCAACUACCGGCCGUCGGCGUUCACGGACAACGGGCUGCCCGCGUUGGACUGCAACACUCUGAAGAACAUGAUCCUCAACCACCAGCCGGCGGAUGGUAAAAGCAGCAGCAGCAGCAGCGUGGUGAAGCAGGGCGCCGUGGAGCAGCGCGAGGGCCCCCGUGGUCGCUGGGCGCCCUGCCACGCCGAGCUGACGCCCUGCGAGCUGCGCCUCUACGCCCUGGACAGCAGCGCCAACCGCCAGCUGGGCACCGCCUACUCGCUGUCGCACUGCCAGAGCGUCAUCUCGCCGGCCCCCUGUGGCCAGCCCGGCCAGCCCGCCGACCCGCGCGCGCUCCAGGCCCUGUUCUUCAACAGCACGCGCCUGCAGCUGAGGGCGGCCAACCAGUGGGAGGCGGCGGAGUGGCGGCGGCUGAUGUGGGAGAAAGUGCAGGCGGCACGGCCGGCGAGGAGGGAGAGCCACCAGCGGAAGGCCGGCUCGGAAAAGGUCGUCAGCUUCACCGCCGCCGUCGCGUCGCCGCCCUCCCCGUCGGGCCUCGACACCCGACCCGACGGGGACGGCGACAACCUCGCGCCGCCGGAGGCGUCGCUCUCCCUGCCGCCCGAGUGCGGCGCCCCGAGCAGACCCACCAGCCUGCCCCUGUUCCACCAGCGCAGCCCGGACGUCCUCAAAGCCGGCGUGCUCCACCAGCUGCUGAGCCAGAAGAGCUGGCGGGCCUUCACCUUCGUCCUGACCAGGUCCGCCCUGCGGGCCUUCGCCACCGAGGGCCGCGGUCCGGUGUCCCAGCCCGUCCACCAGUUCGCCCUGGCCUCCUGCUCGGCCGUGCGGCACAGUCGGGAGCCGGAGGACGGGGAGCCGCGGACGCACGGAGGGGACUGCUUCCAGGUCGCCUUCCCCAAAGAGGUGCUCAGACUUCGGGCCGACGACCCCGUCAGGGCCAAGGAGUGGGUGGAGGCCCUGCGGGACGCGGUCGGAGCGCAGAGGCCCGCCAAAGAGGAGGAGGAGGCGGCGGCGGGUUCGGGGGGAGGAGCUCCCGCCCUCCAGGGAGUGCUGCUGAGGUCCAAACCCUGCAGGGAGCGGCGGCAGCGGGAGGCCCAGAGGGCCAAGCGGCAGUCGGUCACCACGAGUUUCCUCAGCAUUCUCACGUGUCUGGCUGUGGAGAAGGGGCUGACGGCUCAGAGCUUCAGGUGUGCAGGGUGUCAGCGCCCGGUCGGCCUCUCCAAAGGAAAAGCAAAGGUCUGCUACUACAGCGGCUGGUACUACUGCCAGAGUUGCCAUCAGGACAACUCGUUCCUCAUCCCAGCACGUCUGCUGCACAACUGGGACACCAGUCGGCACAAGGUUUCUAAGCAGGCCAAGGAGUUCCUGGAGUUUGUGUACGAGGAGCCCCUGCUGGACGUGCAGCAGCUCAACCCGUGUCUGUACGAGCACUGCGAGCCUCUCCGCGCCGUGCUGCGUCUCCGGCAGCAGCUCCAGUCGCUGCGGGCCUACCUGUUCAGCUGCCGAGCAACCGUCGCCGAGGACCUGAGACGGAGGAUUUUCCCCAGGGAGUACCUGCUCCAGCACAUCCACCUGUACUCCAUAGCCGACCUACAGCAGGUGAUCGAUGGAAAGCUGGCUCCCUUCCUGUCCAAGGUGAUCAAGUUUGCCAGCUCCCACGUUUUCAGCUGCAGUCUGUGUCGAGAGAAAGGCUUCAUCUGUGAGCUGUGCCACAACCAACAGGUCAUCUACCCCUUCCAGGAGAGCGCCACCAAGAGGUGUGACGGCUGCGGCGCCGUGUUCCACGCCGAGUGUCGACAGAAAGCACAGCCGUGUCCUCGCUGCGUUCGCAGAGAGCUCCACCACAUGAGGCCGUCCUCCUUCUGGUCACCUGACGACGACGACGACGGCCCCGGGUGCUUUCACCUGCCCUACCAAAACACCUGAGACGCACACACACACACGACCAGAGCGCUGCCAGGCCAUGGCGCCGGGCAAAGUGGCUGUUAUUCUGAAUCACGCGAGGCCACAGGAGCGGUUCUGUGACUAGAGGUCAGAGAGCCUGAUGCAUGGUCAGGUUUGUGUUUUACUGCUAACACACACACACACACACACAACUGAGCUCUCACUGAGCAACAGUGAAGAGCAGGAAGCAAACCAACAGGUUCCACUGCAGCAGUAUUUUGUGAUCAAACUGGUCCACCAUCUACAUCCUUUUACUACUUCACUACUUGAUGAACUGGAGACAUUGAAACUGAUGGCUGCAUUAUUUUGGUGGUGUCUUCUAACCACCGUCUUCCAGUACAAGUUCAGUGGUAAAACCAUUAGAAAAAUGAAAGAAGAUGUAUUAACAGUUUUAGCAAUUGAUUAGUAACUUAUUGGUUAGUGAAAACAGGCUCCAGUUGCAGCCUCACAAAAGUGAAGAAUCAGGUUUCUUUUGGGAUGUAGUCAUCAUCGUUUUUAGUCUUAAAAUAAAAUAUCAAAGUAUAGCUGCACAUUCUUUUCCACGUCUCUCUUAAAACGAUAGUCAUGUGCUCUUUUGAGUAAUGGGACAGGUUUCUGCAAAAUAUAAUAAUUCCUUCUGUUCAUAAUGGCAUUUACAAAGAUCCCCGUCUAAAUCGUUUUCUGCAAGUUAAUAUUCGGAUUUCAGCUGUCAGUAUUUUCUACAGUUGGGGUCUGUUGCCUUGAUUGCAGCAGAUGAUCUUUUAAGGCAGCAGGAACAAGCACCAACUGAACAUACCCGUAUGUGGGGAUUAUUUUAAGACUAAGGGCUUCAAAAAAAAUUCUAAAAAGUGAACCUGUCCUUUUAAUCAUUUUCCGAACCUCAAUAGAAGAAAGAGUUACAAGCACCAGAUCCACAAAUGAGUCCCCUGUUUGCAUGUCACGCUCCAGGAGAAGUUCAUUUACACACCUGUGAGACGAUGGCAAAUAUUUUACAAAUGUGAGACAUUGUUGGUUCCACAUCAAAAUAGACUGAAUUUGUUAGUUAUACAAUAAAAGCAAAAGAGAACAAGUGAUUGGCCUUUUACUAUCAAGGAAAAACAUCAAAACAAUAGUUAAAGCCCCAGUAAUAAUAGUCAAAUAUAUUUAGUCUCAUUCAAAGGUAUAUUCUUUUAUACAUCGUGCUGCAGGGACGUUCUGAUCACUUUGUCUCCAAACAACACGACUUGUUGGCAAUAGAUCGAUUGGGACUGAACCAAUCCAAACAUAUUUCAUUACACUUUGGGUUCAUUUGGAGCCAACAAAUUGGGAUGUUUUACCCAAUAAUAAUAAUAUUCUAUUAAUAGUAGGAGUUAUAAAUAAUAACUUUGAUUUGAAAUAG